GAGCGUGAAGCCAUCCCGAGACAAGGAAUCCAAAACACUUGAGAAAGAAGAAGAGCUGAUUUCAGAGGACUACACAGCUAUGACCGCUGGAGUGUAAACAAAUCUAUCGCUAACUCCUUCCUGCUUGGCUAUAAGUGCUGCUAAUUUGGUAGUGAGGUUUUUUUCGUUCGCGAAUAUCUUAGUACGCCCUGAAAAGUACGUCGGGGAAAGAAAACUGACUUAAAUCAUUCUUAAGGUGCCUUCGCAAAAUGAUACUACGAGGCGGUGUUCAAUUUGGAUUAGUAGCAGUUAUUUUCAUCUCAUGUCAAAGUGGGGCGUUGACGUAUAAUGAACGAUUAGGAGAAAGAAUGGACGACCAAAAGGACCUCCAUUUUGAGGAGUCUUUUCGACAACUAGCUUACGACUUGGAAGUGAUUUUACAGCGACAUCUCCGGACGUGGAACUUUUUUACGGAGACGAACUCUGUGUUUGACGAAGGCGUCACAAUCGACAAGAACUGUUUAACCGCAAAACUCGGAGGUAAUGUAAACAUAUCCCACGUCAACGGUGAUGUGCAUUUACAUAAUGAAAAGAGUGGCGUUAUAAGUAAAGACGAAACCAGCAACUACGACGACCUACAGAAUCCUCACUCGAAAAGAUGGAAGUGUAGUAAAGUGCGCGUUCAACAACACAAUAACACCGAGCAUAAAUCUGCCAAUGAACGCUUUUUCCCCAAGAAGGACGUAGCAGAACGCAAACAGGUGUCCAUAGACGAAGAGGAGCGGCUCCUCGAUGACCAAAGAGAAGGUAAACGGAAGGGAAAGAGGUCUAUCUGGUCCGUGGAGAGGAGGAACCCCUGGCAACGGACGAAGAGAUCUACUACGGGCAUCCCCGUCAUGUACAUGCCCGGGCAGAAGAAGAAGAGGCAGUGUGUGGCCGCGGGCGGUAUCUUCUCAGGGUACAACGCCCUCAGUUAUCUGAGCUUCAUGACUGGCAUUUUGUCGCUCGUCCUGAACGUCAACAAUAACAUCAACAACAAUAACAACAACAACAAUUUGAACGAUAACAACGCCGUCAGUAAUAACAACGUGGACGCGAAUUCCAACAGCCAGACCGCUAACCAGAUCGUCGUGUUUCCCCCUGGCAGGAGGAGGAGGUCAUUCGCCGACUUGUGGUUAACGUCCUCUGCAGCGUCUGAAAGGCUGGAGGAAGUGGUCACCAAUGGCGGUAAGAGGUCGGUUGGUUCUGUUGGUUAUGACCUCUUAGCCGAUGGCAUGAUCACCGGACUGAAGCUGAUGGCAGCUUCUGCGUUGGAAGAAGUUAAUGCAAGUGUCAGAAGAAAUGGCUAAUGACGCAGAGAGGAACACAAAGGACAUCAAGAUGAGAAUAUUACCUCCUCUAAGGAUAUGUUUUUUUUUUUCCUCUAAGGACGAUAUGUUUUUGGCUUAUAUUAGUCAGUUUGUUUCUCCGCUGAAUUAUACAAGAUGGUAUUUGUCAUUUUUAAAAAAAAUUUUAUAACGGAUAUUAUGGUUGAAGGUGUGGCUCGUGAAUAAACAAAUAUAGUUAAAUUUCGGAAGA